AGGGAAGUCGCGGCCGACGCCGUCGGGACCUCCGCCACCUAAAGUUGCGGGACCCUCUUCCUGGCCGCCUGUUCCCAGCCUCGCGAGCCAUGCCGUCGGGGAAGACCUUCAAGCAGCGCCGCACCUUCGAACAAAGAGUAGAAGAUGUCCGGCUUAUCCGAGAGCAACAUCCGACCAAAACCCCGGUGAUAAUAGAACGAUACAAGGGUGAGAAGCAGCUUCCUGUCCUGGAUAAAACCAAGUUUCUUGUACCCGAUCAUGUCAACAUGAGUGAACUCAUCAAGAUAAUUAGAAGGCGCUUACAGCUCAAUGCUAAUCAAGCCUUCUUCUUGUUAGUGAAUGGGCACAGCAUGGUGAGUGUGUCCACACCGAUAUCGGAAGUGUAUGAAAGUGAGAAGGAUGAAGAUGGAUUCCUGUAUAUGGUAUACGCCUCUCAGGAGACAUUUGGAAUGAAAUUGUCACUGAACUUGCAUUUUGAGCAUUCAGAGACAGUAAGUCAGAACCUGCCAACUCCAACUAGAGAAAUCUCAAGCAUAGCUCCCCAAACACAUUUGCCAUAA